AUGUUUCCCGUCAAAGGCCUGAGUAUCUCGGCCGAGAAGCUCAAGAUCGAGACCGAGAACGGUGCCGUUCCGGUGAACGCCGCUCCUGCCCCGGCCUUGAAACCUGCAAGGAAGCGCAAAAGACCAAACCAGCAGAAUGUGACGGCCGACAACUUUGCUGAUCUCUGGGACCAAGUCAUCGAGCACAAGGAGGCUCCCAAGCCAGGGACCAAGCCGCGGAGCAAGCAGGAGGCAAAGCGCCAGAAGACAGACCAUCAGCCCGCCCCCAAGCAUACCGCCCAAGCUGAAGAGAAGAGCGAGGACAACACCCCCAAGAAGGCCAAGAAGCAGAAGCAAAGGAAGAAGUCUGUAGCCCCAUCGGAGAACGCCGAGGAUGACUUCAAUGGCUUCGACGACGAGGAAGACAAGACCCCGAAGCCCACACCCGCCGCCGCCCAAGACACCGCCACCGGCAAGAAGAACAAGAAAGACAAGAAGCAACAACCCCCCAAGGUCGACAACGAUGCCCAAACCAGAGCCACAGCACCACCACCAAAACCAGCUGCCCCAACCCCCGCCCCAGGCCCCAAACUCACCCCCCUCCAAGCCUCCAUGCGCGAAAAGCUCAUCUCGGCUCGCUUCCGCCACCUAAACGAAACCCUCUACACCCGCCCCUCCAAAGAAUCCUUUUCCCUCUUUUCCACCUCCCCCGAAAUGUUUUCCGAAUACCACGAAGGCUUCCGCCGCCAAGUCGAAGUCUGGCCCGAAAACCCAGUCGACAUUUACAUCUCCGACAUCAAAACCCGCGCCCCCCUCCGCCAACCACCCAAAUCCCACCCCGCCCUCCCAACCGCCAUCCCCCUCCCGAGGGACUUUUCCACCAAAAUCUGCACCAUCGCCGACCUAGGUUGCGGCGACGCGAAGCUAGCCGCCACCCUCCAACCGCUCCUCAAAAAGUCGAAGCUCCAGAUCCACAGCUUUGACCUCCAAACCGGGGGUAACCCCCUGGUCACCAAAGCCGACAUUGCCAACCUCCCGCUUGAGCCCGGGACGGUGGACGUGGUGGUUUUUUGCCUCGCGCUGAUGGGGACGAACUGGACUGAUUUCAUCGAGGAGGCGUAUCGGAUUCUUCGUUGGAAGGGGGAGCUCUGGGUGGCGGAGAUUAAAUCCAGGUUUUCCAGCCCUGGCGGGUCAGGAACAACGCAGCCGGCAAAGGUUGUGUCACACUCCGUGGGCAACAGGAGGAAGAACAACAAGCCGAAUGCUAAGCAGCUUGCUGAAGAGGAGGCAGCUGAUUUGGCCGAGUUGGCGGAGCAUGUCGAUGGGGAUGUGCCCCCCGUUCAGAAAUCGAGCAGCACGGAUAUUUCGGCUUUUGUAGCUGCGCUGCAGGGGAGGGGGUUUUUGCUGAAUAGGGAUAUGGGGGAACAUGCGGUUGAUAUGAGCAAUAAGAUGUUUGUUAGGAUGAGCUUUGUCAAGGCUGCGCCUGCGCUGGUGGGGAAGUGCUCUGACCCCAAGGCGCUGGAACGGGAGGCGCGGUUCAAGGAGCAGAGGGAGGUGGAGAAGAAGCUGGGGCCGAAUGCGAGUCGGUUGGGGAAGGAUAGGGGGUUUGGGGCGUUGGGUGGGUUCAAGGAUAGGAAGAAGGAGAAGGAGACGAGGGCGGAGGUGGUGGAGAAUAGGAAGAAGUUUGUGGGGACGGGGAGGGAGCAGAGGGAGGAGGAGGAGAGGAAGAGGAGGGAGAUGGCGAUUUUGAAGCCUUGUGUUUACAAGUUGAGGUAG